GAGUUAAGUGUCUCACAGACUUUCCUGCCCUGGCGGACUUUGAACCUCAAUUCUCAGCUCUCAGCCUCCUGAGUAGCUAGCUAGGAUUACAGGCCAUUGGAGCCCGGCUUCUUCUCUCCUUGUUGACACAGAUUUGCCUUGUGACCUCCCUUAUCAGUUCGGGGCCUGUAGCUCCCAGUUCGCUUUAGGAACUUACAUUCUCCCAUAUCCCCUUAGCUAGACCCCUCCUCUAGUAUUAGGGACACUAUGUUUGUGAGACUUAGUGACUUCAUUUUCUGCAAGAGUUACAGUGUGAUUGUAUUUGGCAGGUUCAAAGGGUUGAUCUUAGGCUUGGUGUUCUGACCCUACUUUCUUACAUUUACAUCUUGCUUUGCUAACUGGGCCUGUGGAAAGGGGCAGAACAGUUCUGGGCCAUUCCUCCUUGGUUAGUAGGCACCAUGCAUAGAGACUUGACCAACCUAUCUUUUUGAUCCAGCUCUUGCCUGGUAGCUCCCUGAUAUUCCUCCCAAGUUGGCCUUUAUUUCACCAGUCUUGCCUUUCCUUUGGCCAUUCUCUGCACCUACUGGGAUUACUCCUUUCACUUCCUGGUUUGCUUAGCUCCAGUCCACAGCUGUUUGGGCAGAGCAUACUAAUGGCUCAGGCUCCCUGGGGCCACCACCCCACAGUAUGUGGUGGUGGUGGUGGCCUGGGCAGGAGAAUAGGGAAUUGAGUGUUCAACCCUUUCAGGAAGGGAAAUGCAGAGCUCUGGGAUCCUCCCCAUUUUCCACCCCCAGCUACCUCUGUUUCCUCCCUCAUUUCUCCCCAGCCUCUCUUAGCUUCCUGCUCCCUUCUGCCUGCCCUUGUCCGGUUUGGAUUGAUUCAAGGCUCUGCUUAUCUGCUUCCUUUCCUUCCUGUUCCUCCAUCCUUCCAUUUCCCCCUCCCUUUCCUCCACUUCAGAUUUCUAGUUUUUUUGUAUGGGGCUGGGGAAAGGGGCCUGGCUAGCUCUCCUGCUGCAGGAAUUCUAGGUUGGGGUGGUCAGUGGGGGGCCCAGCCCCUCUGAGCCUGUGAGUCAGCACUGUCCUUGGGAUUGGUUUCUUUCCUUUGUUCCCCGCCCCUUGGGAGGAGCCAGGCAGCUCUGGGUCCAGCCCGUUCUCUUCUCAGACGGGAGUAGAGGCUGCAAGCUGGGCUGGGCUGGGGAUGAGGCCUAAAACUGACUGGGUCUGAACUGGGGGUGUGCGAGCUGCUUGUCUUGGCCCUCCCCAGGACCUCUGUGACCCUUGGGCAGCAGAGGUCAGGCCAAACUAAGGGCCUGGGGAUGCCCCCUGCCUGGCCCCCUUGCCUACAUUGGCAGGGGGGCCGGGCUGGGCUGCAGCCCCCUUUUCAUCUCAGCCAUGGAUCUCCUUCCCCCCAAGCCCAAGUAUAACCCACUUCGGAAUGAGUCUCUGUCAUCGCUGGAGGAGGGGGCCUCAGGGUCCACUCCCCUGGAGGAGCUGCCUUCCCCAUCAGCCUCAUCCCUGGGGCCCAUCCUGCCUCCUCUGCCUGGGGAUGAGAGUCCCACCACCCUGUGCUCCUUCUUCCCCCGGAUGAGCAACUUGAAGCUGGCCAACCCUGCUGGGGGACGCCUGGGGCUUAAGGGGGAGCCAGGAAGGGCUGCCCAGGAUGGGGAAGGGGCAGUCAUGCUGGACUCAGGACCCCUGCCCCUCCUCCAGGACAUGAACAAGCUGAGUGGAGGCGGCGGGCGCAGGACUCGGGUAGAAGGGGGCCAGCUGGGGGGCGAGGAGUGGACCCGACACGGGAGCUUUGUCAAUAAGCCCACGCGGGGCUGGCUGCAUCCCAACGAAAAAGUCAUGGGACCUGGGGUUUCCUACUUGGUUCGGUACAUGGGCUGUGUGGAGGUCCUUCAGUCAAUGCGUGCCCUGGACUUCAAUACCCGGACUCAGGUCACAAGGGAGGCCAUCACUCUGGUAUGUGAGGCUGUGCCUGGUGCUAAGGGGGCAACACGCAGGAGAAAGCCCAGUAGCCGUCCACUCAGCUCUAUCCUGGGGAGGAGUAACCUGAAAUUUGCUGGAAUGCCAAUCACGCUUACCGUCUCUACCAGUAGCCUCAACCUCAUGGCUGCAGACUGUAAACAGAUUAUUGCCAACCACCACAUGCAGUCUAUCUCAUUUGCAUCCGGCGGAGACCCGGACACAGCCGAAUAUGUCGCCUAUGUUGCCAAAGACCCUGUGAACCAGAGAGCCUGCCAUAUCCUGGAGUGUCCUGAAGGGCUUGCCCAGGACGUCAUCAGCACCAUUGGGCAGGCCUUUGAGUUACGCUUCAAACAAUACCUCAGGAACCCACCCAAGCUGGUCACCCCCCAUGACAGGAUGGCUGGAUUUGAUGGCUCAGCAUGGGAUGAGGAGGAAGAAGAGCCACCUGAACAUCAGUACUAUAAUGACUUCCCAGGGAAGGAGCCCCCUCUUGGGGGGGUAGUAGAUAUGAGGCUUCGGGAAGGGGCUACUCCAGGGGCAGCUCGACCCACUCCACCCAGUGCCCAGACCCCCAGCCACUUGGGAGCUACACUGCCUGUAGGUCAGCCUUGUGUGGGAGAUCCUGACGUCCGCAAACAGAUGCUUCCUCCGCCACCUUGCCCAGCAGGCAGAGAGCUCUUCGAUGACCCCUCCUACGUCAAUGUCCAGAACCUAGACAAGGCUCGGCAGGCAGCAGGAGCAGCGGGGCCCCCCAAUCCUGCCAUCAAUGGCAGUGCACCCCGAGACCUCUUUGACAUGAAACCCUUUGAAGAUGCCCUCCGGGUGCCUCCACCACCCCAGUCCAUGUCCAUGGCUGAGCAGCUCCGAGGGGAACCCUGGUUCCAUGGGAAGCUGAGCCGUAGGGAGGCUGAAGCGCUGCUCCAGCUCAAUGGGGACUUCCUGGUACGAGAGAGCACAACCACUCCUGGCCAGUAUGUGCUCACCGGCUUGCAGAGUGGGCAGCCCAAGCACCUGCUUCUGGUAGACCCUGAGGGUGUGGUUCGGACAAAGGAUCACCGCUUUGAGAGUGUCAGUCACCUCAUCAGUUACCACAUGGACAAUCACUUGCCCAUCAUCUCUGCGGGCAGCGAACUGUGUCUACAGCAGCCUGUGGAGCGGAAGCUGUGAUCUUUCCCAGCCUGUCUCCCAGGAGAUGCCCUCCAGCCUCUUCUACCCUAUUCCUUAACUCUCAGGACCUCACUUGGGAUGUUUCAUGGGCUGGGCCUUGAGUAGGAGGAGGGAAUAGUAAGGAUACUGGGUUUAGUAUCCAGCUGAGAAGAUUUGAGUCAGGAGCCUGGGGUAGAAUCCUGUUUCUCCCCAAAACCUCACCAAAGUAUUAAUGUAAGAGUGGCCUCCUUGUCUAGGCCUCUCCUGUGCCAACUUGACACUCCAUUUCCAAAGAAGGCCGGUGCUUGUAGUGGGAAAUGUCCUGUGGUGAUAGGUCCAGUGGAACAAUUGCCCUUCUGGGGAAGGGGAAUGAAUCACACCUCUGGUCUACCCAUGGACUUCAGAACACCCCUGGCCCCUCUGAACACUCCCCCUUCUAUGUUAAAACUUUGUGCCUUUGACCAUCUCUUAGGUCUGCAGAUACUUUAUGCAAAGAGUUCUCAGGCUCCUGAAUUCAAAAACAGGGGUGUUGACACUUUGGCUUCCUGGACCCUGUCCUCUCCUUGCUCAGUACCUCUAUGGGUUUGGGUUGGGAGAACAAAGGCAGGAGUGGCAGCUGUCCCUCUUCUUGGGGAUAUGCAACUGGUAUAGAUUGCCUCAGAGCUCCCCUCCCAGCUGGGGUUAGUUGGACCACUCCAUUGCUCAGUGCCUCCUGGGCUGGGAAACCCCCUUCACCUAAGGGGUCUGUAUAUACAUUUUGUAAGCCCACCCCCUCCCAUGUUGCAUGCCUGUUACAUUCUACAGCCCUACCUCCUGUAGCCCUCACUGUCUCCUUCUGGGGCGGUAAGUGAAUGAAUUUGGGCCUCUUCUACCCUUAACUCCAAGGUGAGUUUUGUGGUGGCCAGCACAGGGGCACAGAGACUAAAGCAGUAGACAAUCCAGAUAUUAUCUGUAGAAUGGGAACUGCGUGCAUUUCAUUUUAUGUGCCUAUAUGUUAGGGCUGUAGAUUUACUUUUACUUUUCCAUGGCUUAUUUUUUGAGCACAGAACGAAAAUAGAGUACAUUUAUACAUCUGACUUUUUGGAGCCCCUUUUACAACUAUUGUCAUUUUUCUCACUGUAGCCUGAACUGGCAGCAUUAUAUUUUUAUUUUAGAAGAGAAACCUGGGAUACAUCAGUUUCACCCUAGGACUAGGCUGGGAAACAAGUUUGUGACGGCAGUGUGGCCUGUCAUGUGGAGGACUUUCCACGAUGGGCCUGUGUGCCCCACAGAAGCUGUUCCGGCUCGAGGCUUGGGGAUAAAGGAGAGUGGGAUGUUUCAAUCGUGGCCAUCCUUUUUUUUUUUUUUUAAAUUUUUUGAAUGUUUUCACAGUCUCACUUAUACCAAAGGGAAAUAAAGGGAAAUAGCCCUCAUUAAAGUCCUAUUUCUUCUACCA